AGAGAAGCUCCUUCAUAUAUCAAACUAUUUAUUCAGGCAAUCUUAUGAUUGGGAGUUGGUUAAAUAUUUUUUUUUUAAGAAAAAAAAUCUUAUGAUUCGGACAAUGACUCACCAUUGAGCUGCUAAGUUUUAAUUUAUAUGCAAGGCAGCAAUUGCUGGGUGACUGGGAAAAUGGCACCUGAGCCAGUUAAUGUUAGGGAGUUCCAGCAAUUGGCUAGAGAGGCCCUGCCAAAAAUGUAUUAUGAUUUCUAUGCUGGUGGAGCUGAGGACGAGUUCUCACUGAAGGAAAAUAUGGAAGCAUUUCGUAGAAUUACCUUACGACCAAGAGUUCUAGUAGAUGUUAGUAGAAUAAAUAUGUCUACGACUUUACUAGGAUAUAGAAUCUCCGCACCAAUUAUGAUUGCUCCUACUGCCAUGCAUAUGUUGGCUCAUCCUGAAGGAGAGGUUGCCACAGCCAAAGCAGCAGCUGCUUGUAAUACUAUAAUGAUUCUGUCUUUCAUGUCUACCUGCACUGUGGAGGAGGUUUCUUUGAGCUGCAGUGCUGUUCGGUUCUUCCAGCUCUAUGUUUACAAAAAGCGAGAUGUGACAGCUGCAUUAGUGGAUAGAGCUGAAAGGCUUGGAUAUAAAGCCCUUGUUCUAACUGCUGAUGUUCCUCGACUUGGUCGAAGAGAGGCAGACAUAAGGAACAAAAUGAUUUCGCCUAAAUUAAAGAACUUCGAUGGCUUGUUUUCAGCUGAACAUGAGUCUGGUAAUGGUUCAGGUUUGGAAGCUUAUGCAAAUCUGACACUUGAUGCAUCGUUGCAAUGGAAGGAUAUGGCAUGGUUGAAAUCUAUUACGAAUCUGCCAAUUCUUAUCAAGGGUAUACUUACUGGUGAAGAUGCUAUUAAGGCGGUCGAAGUAGGCGUUGCUGGUAUAGUCGUCUCAAAUCAUGGAGCCCGCCAGCUUGAUUAUUCCCCAGCCACCAUUUCUGUUCUAGAAGAGGUGGUGCAUGCUACCAAAGGUAAAAUUCCUGUGCUUCUCGACGGUGGUGUGCGGCGAGGAACAGAUGUAUUUAAAGCUUUAGCCCUCGGUGCACAAGCUGUCCUUGUUGGACGGCCAGUAAUCUAUGGACUUGCUGCAAAAGGGGAAGCUGGGGUGACACAAGUCAUUGAAACACUCAAGACAGAGCUGGAGCUCACUAUGGCUCUAUCUGGAUGCCCUAAUCUGAAGGAUAUUACUCGGAGCCAUGUUAAGACAGAGAGAGAUAGGCCUCACUCAAUGCUUUGAUUGUGUUGUAGAGCUCUACCAACCACCCCCCCCCCCCAAAAAAAAACAAAAGAAAAAAAUAAAAUAAAAUUGGCUUUAUUGUUUCUAUUUAACAAGUACAUUAUGUACAGGCCAAAGGGGGGAAAACAAGAUUCUCAUGCUGGAAAUGACUCGUACGCCUUGUUCCAAUGGAUAUAUCUCCUCUGUUCUUGCAUUA